CCCCCCCGCCCUCCACCUCUUUCUCCUCCCCAUUCCCAUCGCAUCGCCUCCUUCCUCCCAUCCCCUGUCCCGAGCCGGCCGCAAAGCCAGCUCCUUGGAUCACGCUGCUGUGCUGCCACCUCCGCUCCUGCUCAAAAAAGAUAGCCGCCGAGCUCCUCGGAUAGCCAGCUCGCCAUUCCUGCGCGCCCCUUCGCAGACACUGCUCGGUGCUCCUGCUCCGCCUCCUCUUCUCGCGAAGCCGAGCGUCCUCUCCCCCCUUCCUUCCUGCUCCCGCCGCUGGGCGAUUGAUCGAUUCCGUUCCAGCUGUUCCAAUCAAUCAUACAGAGCGCAGCGUGUGGGAAAGGGAGCCAGGGAGGGGAAAAGGUGGCCUUGUUUGGGGGCACCCAGAUUCCAUUCCUUGCGCAGGGGGAUCCUACUAGGCUGCUGUGGAAUUUGCUAGAGCAGCAGCAGCAGCCCACCAUUUCUCUCUCCCUCGGCUCUCGCCCCGGCCCUGCUUUCUCCGCUGCGAUCGAUUCUUCAUUCCUUCCUCGUGAAGGAGAGUUCCUUCUGCUACUCUACAAGAAAGAAUCCUUCGGUGUGCAGUGCGCCGGAGAAUCUGAUUCUCUCCUAUCCGGGGAGUUUCUUGGAGCUUGCUCGCCUGCUUUCUGUCACUGACGGUGCCAGCAGAGUGAGGAGUAUCGGUUUCUUCGCAGCCGCCGCCGGGACAGCAGCGGAAGGGACAGGAUGGCCGCCGCGCCGCCGCCCAAGGCCGACGAGCUGCAGCCGCACCCGCCCAAGGAGCAGCUCACCGGCGUCUCCUUCUGCAUCACCAGCCCGUCGCCAUGGCCGAUUCGCCUCGUGCGUGCCGGGCCGUCCACCGCCGGCGCGGCGGGCCCGCCAAGCGGCAGGGCCGUGCGCGAGGCGGCCGACCGCGCGCUCGCGGUGCACGCACUGGAGCCGCGCCAUCCUCGCCUCUAGCCGCCGCCGCAUACAGGCCGUGCGCUGCGCGCGCCUCCGCCUCCACCUCGGCUACUGGGGAGGGUGCCAGCACGCCUACCCUGGUGAGGAGCGCGAGGGUGCUGGGGCGGCUGGUGGGUAGGGCGGCCGGCAGCGUUGCGUCGGCGGGGGCGGGGCGGGGCAGGGGCCGAAGGGAUCGCGAGCAAGGAAAUGAAAGAAAAAAAAUUGGUGGGGCACACAGUUGGCAGCCCAAAUAGAAGGGCACCAAAUUGGAGGGAUGGGGAGAGAAAUUUGGAAGGAUUAUUAAAAUAGCAGUCCAUUUAUUUCCUCUGCUGGAGAUUAUUUUUUAUGUCCACCGACUAAAUUUUGAUAUGGAAGUCCAUUUGCUCUCCCUACUAUAGUUACUCUUACAACCAUAUACAUAGUGAUAGGUUGAUUUAAACCUGAUUAAAUUAUUAACAUGCGCGGAUCACGCCCUCGAUUAUUUUGCAUCAAAAAAUCAGGACAGCACAAGCUUUGAUGGAGCUCCUUGUCAAUUUAUUCCUCCCUACACAAGGCAACUAGGCAUGAUAUCGCCCGCUUCCAUUUGGACUCCAAGCUCUCAGCUAUCCAGCCAUGGCAGGAACCCAAGAUGCUUCGUCCUCUUCCUCGGCGCCGUCUCUCCACGUCGUGGUGUUCCCAUGGCUGGCGUUCGGCCACAUGAUCCCGUUCCUCGAGCUCUCCAAGCGGCUGGCGCGGCGCGGCCACGCCGUCACCUUCGUGUCCACGCCGAGGAACGCCGCCAGGCUGAGCGCUGUCCCGCCGGAGCUGUCCGCGCGCGUCCGCGUCGCCACGCUGGAGCUGCCGGCGGUCGAAGGACUGCCGGACGGCGCCGAGUCGACGGCCGACGUCCCGCCGGAGAAGGUCGGGCUCCUCAAGGCGGCGUUCGACGGCCUCGCCGCGCCGUUCGCGGCCCUUGUCACUGCUGGCCUCAGCGGCCGCGGCGGCGGCGAGGCCGACGGGUUUGAGAGGAGGCCCGACUGGAUCAUACUCGACUUCGCGCAGAACUGGGUCUUGCCGAUCGCCGAGGAGCUCAAGAUCGCGUGCGCCAUGUUCCUCAUCUUUCCGGCGGCCCUCUUGGCGUUCGUCGGCACGAAGCAGUCGAACGAGGCGCACCCUCGCCGGACGACGGAGGACUACAUGGCGCCGCCGCCGUGGGUGCCCUUCCCCUCCACGCUCUCCUACCGCCGCCACGAGGCCGAGGCCAUCGCCGCCGUGUUCCGGCCCAACGCCUCCGGCGUCUCCGACAUGGACCGCCUCUGGCAGCUGCUGCAUCGCCCGUCCUGCCGCCUCGUCAUCGACCGCAGCUGCCCGGAGGCCGAGCCGCGGCUGUUCUCGCUCCUCACGGACCUCUUCGCCAAGCCCGUCGUCCCCGCAGGCCUCCUCCUGCCCGGCGACGCCGCGGACGACGAAGCGCAGCCGGGCAGUGGUGACCAGCCGUUCGAGGCGGCCGCGCGGUGGCUGGACGAGCAGCCCCGUAGGUCCGUCGUCUACGUGGCGCUGGGGAGCGAGGCGCCCGUGACGGCGGGCAACAUCCGGGAGCUCGCGGCCGGGCUGGAGCUCUCCGGCGCGCGCUUCCUCUGGGCGCUCCGUGCGCCGCGCGGCGAGCCCGCCGCCGCGCUGCUCCCCGGCGGGUUCGAGCGGCGCGUGGCCGGGCGCGGCGUGGUGGUCGCCGGGUGGGUGCCGCAGGUGCGCGUGCUCGCGCACGCCGCGGUGGGCGCGUUCCUGACGCACUGCGGGUGGGGCUCCACGGUGGAGAGCCUGUUCGGGUUCGGGCUCCCGCUGGUGAUGCUGCCUUUCGUGUCCGACCAGGGCCUCAUCGCGCGGGCCAUGGCGGCGCGCGGCGUGGGCGUCGAGGUGCCGAGGGACGACGGCGGCGGCGGGUCCUUCCGCGGGGCCGACGUCGCGGCGGCGGUGCGGCGGGUGAUGGCGGGGGAGGAGGGCGAUGAGAUGGCGCGCAGGGCCAGGGAGCUGCGGGACGUCGUCGGGGACAGGGUGAGGCAGGAGCGCUACGUCGAUGAGCUGGUGGAGUUGCUGCAGCGCUACAAGUCAGCUCACUGGGUAUGAGAGAAGAUGUGUUGUUGGGCUAGUAAAGCUUCGGAUUUACUACUUUGUUUAUCUACUCAACAUGAAGGAAGCAUGUUAUGUAUAUAUGUAUGAACAUUCUAUAAUAUGUGCACAAUCUAGAGCGCCAGAAUAUGAGCUCCACAUUAUAAGAAAUGUCUUUUAUUUGUACACGGAGGCACAACUUAUUUGUAUCUUGUAACCUCUAAGGAUAAUCUUCAGUGCAGAUUGACAGA